CGUCGCUGCCGGGGACAGAGCCUCCAAGGUCGGGACAGUUGAGACCAGCGCUGCCUCCUCGAGAGCACCACCCCGGAGACAGACAGAGAUAAAGAGAAAACGGAUGAUAUAGACAGAAACCCGAGCUCCUCCACCAGAGAAGAAGCCAAAUGGGGAAUCUGUUAAAAGUGCUCACUUGCACAGAGCUCGAGCAGGGGCCAAACUUUUUUCUUGACUUUGAAAAUGCACAGCCAACAGAAGGAGAGCGGGACGUGUGGAACCAGGUGAACGCCGUCCUCCAGGACUCGGAGAACAUCCUGUCUGGCCUGCAGGCGUACAAAGGAGCUGGCCAGGAGAUCAGAGAUGCGAUUCAGAACCCGAGUGACUUCCUGCUGCAGGAGCGCGCCUGGACCUCCGUCUGCCCGCUGGUCAUCAGACUCAAGAAGUUCUACAGCUUCUCCCUCCGACUCGAAGAGGCUCUGCAGAGUCUGCUGGAGUGCCUCACCUGUCCGCCCUUCACGCCCACGCAGCACCUGGAGAGGGAACAAGCUCUGGCCAAGCAGUUCGCUGAGAUCCUCCACUUCACUCUGCGCUUCGAUGAGCUGAAGAUGAGGAUUCCUGCCAUCCAGAAUGACUUCAGCUACUACAGAAGAACCAUCAGUCGAAACCGGAUCAACAACAUGAAUCUGGACAUCGAGAGUGAAGUGAACAACGAGAUGGCCAACCGGAUGUCUCUGUUCUACGCUGAGGCCACGCCCAUGCUGAAGACCCUCAGCAACGCCACCACCAGCUUCGUGACAGAGAACAAGACUCUUCCACUGGAGAACACGACGGACGUUCUCAGCACCAUGGCCAGCGUCUGUAAAGUCAUGCUGGAGACGCCGGAAUAUACGAGUCGGUUCAGCAGCGAGGACACAGUCUUGUUUUGCAUGAGGGUCAUGGUGGGAGUCAUCAUCCUCUAUGACCACGUCCACCCCAACGGCGCCUUCAACAAGUCCUCCAAGAUAGACAUGAAAGGCUGCAUAAAGGUCCUGAAGGACCAGCCAGCAGACAACGUGGAAGGCCUCCUGAACGCCCUCAAGUUCACCACCAAACACCUGAACGACGAGUCCACCCCAAAGAACAUCCGGUCGAUGCUCCAGUAGCCCCCUGCUGGUCGUUUUAUAUAUAAGCCGAUAUGAAGAGGAUCAAUGCUCUGACCUCAAAGAAGAUGUAUAUGUUUACAUUAUUUAAAAAGGACUUGAUGUUCAUACUCGUGUGUAUUAGCAUAGUCAUUCCCUCCAAGCUCUUGAACGCUGCAGAGCAUAUACACCUUCUACUAAACCAGGAUGACAUCAUCACACGCAGCUGUCAGCACAACGAUGGACAUCUGUCAGCCUUACGUACCUGCUGCACUUGGAAGGGGGGGGGGGAGGAGGGGCGUGUCUUUAUGGAUCUUCUCAAUCAUUUAUUUGACAAUGGAAAUAGUUUUCGGUUUGCGCUUAGAGACAAAUUCAACUUUUGUUUUAUUUUGAAGCUGAAAUGAAUCUUGAGUGAACGUUUUGAAAUUGUGAGGCCGGUUCUGGUUUCCAUUUGUAUUGAUGAAUGAUAAUACGAGCCCCACAGGAGGGACUGGUCGGUUCCUGUAUUACUGCUCCAAGCAUCCGGAUGUUUUCUGUUUUUAUUGCCAUGUUGUCGCGUUUCUUUUUUCUUUUUUUUCACACUCCAAUCUCGUUCAAAUGAAUCCACUGUGAACACAAAACAAAGUGGCGUUGCACAUCGGUGGGAGGCAGCGCGUCGAGGCGGCAACGAUGAAUCAGUCCAACGUGUUUUAUUUAACCGCUCCUGUACGUGAACCACGGCUAUUUUAACUUUUGUAUGAAACAGAAAAGGAAAAAAAAAAGGCCUGAAAACAAAAAAAUGAAUAAAUGAUUGUGCUUCUUAAGUGAA